AUGUUUACGACUCGACCUGCUGGGUUUAUGUCGGCGAAAACUGAGUUUGAUCCGCUCCUUAAAGAAGUGACUGCGCGAAAGGAAAUUUCUUGCUUGAAAAUGACGGCGAAAAUCAUAGGAGGGUUGAAAUCUGAGAGGGAACCCACAAUGAUGAUCAUGGACGGACGAAAACACGGAAUUUCAAAACUUGCCAACUUUGAUCCGCUCCUUAAAGAAGUGACUGCGCGAAAGGAAAUUUCUUGCUUGGAAAUGACGACGAAAAUCAUAGGAGGGCUAAUCUGGCUGAAAUCUAAGAGGGAACCAACAAUGAUGAUCAUGGACGGACAAAAACACGGAAUUUGCAAACUUCCCAACAGUAAAGAACCGGGAAAAUUCCUCUCAAAAAUCUCACCUGGCAAGUCUCGGAGCAAUAGGCCACUUCUAGACAGGACUCACAGGCACACGUGCUCGGCUUGCUGCACACUUUGCACAGGGCUCGUUGCUGCUGCUGGGAAGACGUCGCUGACGCAGGGCUGGGUUCUUCCGACGGGUUCCCACUGCCCUGAUUGUGGGGCUGGGUUCUUCCGACGGGUUCCCACUGCCCUGAUCGUGGGUGCUGCUGCUGCUGGUUGCGGUAUCCCCGUUGCCCGAGAACAAGGCUUGCAAAUUUUCUUGCUCGGAAGUCCAAUGAGUCGACGUCCUGAUGGGGCUCGCAAUGAGACCACUCGACACGCUUCUCGCGGUCUUGGGCAGAAAUUUCCGGGAUUCGUAGAUCCCUCGGGGCAGACCCAACUCCAGUCAUGGACGCAGGAAGAGAAGUGGGUUGCAUUUGUCGAUUCCCCAAAGCUUGGGGUUGCUGCUGAUGAGCAGGUUUGGCAGAAUGCGAUAAAACGGAUCCACCGCAAAUUAAAUUUCGUCACUCACCAAUCCAAGAGCACCGUGAGACUGAAAAUCUGGCACCGUAUCAGCGACCACAGGCUCAAACACGCGACUUUCGUGACGACCAGACGAAGCAGCAGCAGCGGACGGGGAAAUUUGAAACGGAACCUGGUGCAUCAUGGGAACAUUUUCUCCAGCAGCACUGCCAACACCCGGAUCCCGGCGGGGAUUCGGGUUGCAGAAUUGCUGCGCCGAAUGUUCGGGUCCGGGUCUGGCACCGUGUCCAACGGAUUCCGUCGGGAAGAACCGGAAGGGGUGAGUGUUGGCAGGUCCGGGAUGAUGAGAGGAACUCGUGGGUUGGCACGGGUGUGUUCCGGGUUGCGGCUGGUGCUGGUGAUGGGUCUCGUUCGGCAUCGGGAUCGGUUGCGACGACAGUCUCAAAAACGUAUGAACCAACCCUCGUACAUCACUUGUUGUGCUCAUUACCUGCAAGCCAUUUUGCGGUCCCCUGAUACCCAGAGCAGCAGCGGGUCUCGGACCCACAGAACCAGGAAUCGACAUGGAAACUCUCGGAUGCCCGAACCUGUUGGGCGGGAAACCAAAAAAGCCCUGCUGUUGUCAAUAAAAAAAUACAUAUUCUCGCUUUCACAGGAUGCCGUGUCUGGGAAUGUACCCGUGCUCUGCAACCCCGGGACGUCCGGAGCCCCAGUCCAUCAGUCGAAUAUCGGCCAUCGUCCAAUCGACUCCAUAAAAGCGCCGCAAGUGUCUAUUCCAAGUGCUUAUCCUCAACAGUUUGUCAACCCAGUCAGUCGUCAUCAGCAAGUUUGGCAACCGCAAGAAGGACUCAAUUGCUGGAAUUCCAUGGAACAGUCGAAUGCUUCGCAAUAUGCUCCUCAAAAUAAUGGAUUUCCUGGGUUUAGAGCGACUUCGAUUGCUCCGUAUCAGAUGAGGGCUGCCAUGGCUCAAGCAGUAGCCAAGACAACAGCGAGGCCCAGGGUGGAAGCCGCCACAUUGGCCGCCACUUUGUCGGCUGUGAAGGCGGCUGUUGAUGAAAAUGGCGGAAUUGCCUUGGAUGACCUGGAGGCAACCCUUAGAAAGAAUGUCGAAUUGAUUUCAAAACUUCUGAGGCUCAAUUGUAUGCCAUUUUCAUUGCUACUCCGAGAACGAAACUGUCCAAGUGAACCCACGAGGGGAAUGCGACACACCGUGAUGCCCUCUUCCAUGGGUCCUGGAUACCCUCAUGGAGGCUACUUGCCGUACCUACCUGGCCAGGGCAUGCCGAACCCACCGGGCCGUUCACCGCCCCCGUACCCGACUUCAACCAACGUCUUCCCCAACCUACACCCCCGUUUGCAACAAUCCAUGCCCGGGACCAUGUACAGCAAGAGUCAAGUGUCCAGCAGCAUGGGAAAUGCCAACCCUUUUGCCAGCAGCAGCAGCUCUUCUCAGCACGAAUUAAUUCGAAGCCCCGUUACAGCACCUCCAGCAUAG